GGGAAAUUAAAUCAAUCUCCAUAGCUGCACCCUCGGAUAUACCGUAUAUUGAACACGAUGCACCCCAGGGUAUGGUACUUGGGCUGAUUUUAUCUAUGAUCUACAUCAAUGCCUUUUUGAACCACAAAGAUGACAAUUAUAUACAAUUUGCUACAAUCGCUGUUAGAUCUAAAAUUAUGUCUGAGAUUUCUGGGAAGUCUGUGAUCGCCAAAACUGGUUUAUUGCAAAAUAAGCUGACCCUGAAUGAAGUCAAGACAUUGACCUGCAUCACCAAAAUCGUCCAGCUGCUCUGUAACCGAUUCGAGCUCAACAUUGCAUCUGUCAGGGGAAAAAGGAGCGGAAACUCGGGGUUGGUAUUGAGGAGUUCGGACUCGGAAUCUAGUGACGAUCAACCUGGAUUGUCAAAAGAACAAAAUUAUGAUAAUAAGGUAAUUGAGAAAGAGAAUAUUCAUCGCAGUAAAAUCAAAGAAGGAGUCGACGUUCUAGUAAAAAUUUGCUCUUCUAAAAACGAAUCCAUUUACCUCGGAAAAGCUUUACAUGGAGUAGACGAUGAUGAAGAAGUAAACAUAGUAUUCUUGAAGUCUGUUGACCAUACCGGAAAAACAUUUAAAUUGGUCGAAAAUCAUAUAUCAUACGAACAAUAUGAAUGCUUGAUAAGAAUUGUUUCUGAACCUAAAAAGAUAAUGAAGGGCAAAAGGGUAUAUUACCAUUUCCCCACUCCUUUAGAAAUAUUUGAAAAAUAA